AUGUCUGCGCAUCGGCAUGGUGUUGGUGUAGGAGUCUUGGAUGGUCUACUUAUGUAUGCUAUUGGUGGCUAUGAUGGAAAGUAUCUUAAAAGUCUUGAGGUUUAUAGACCAAGUGAUGGAGUUUGGUCUUCUGUAGCUGAUAUGGAAAUAUGCCGAAUGAGGCCUGGAGUAGUCGCAUUAGAUGGCUUAUUGUAUGUUAUUGGCGGAGAAGUGGAAAUAUCCACUAUAAAUACUGUAGAAAUUUACAACCCAAUCACCAAUACUUGGAUUAUGGAGACAUUGUCAAGACUUGCAGUGCACAUUUAUGGUGGGGUAGUCGUUGAUGGACCACCACAUUAGUACUAAUCAGGAUACAGAAUGAUUUCACUCUUGUGGUAGUAAUAUGAACUUAUUUUUGUAUAAUUUAUGAUGAAAUGUGAUUUAUUCUUUAU